AUGGCACAAGCACAGCAUGACACAGACUCUACAACCAGUGACGGGGCUUUAAUUCACGUGGCACACAUGCCACAGCAGGCCCACGUCUGGAAACCCGACGAUGACUGGACCGGCGUCAUGGACCCGAAGGAGAGGAGGAGGCUGCAGAACCGCCAGAAUCAAAGGAAGUGGCGUAUACCAGCCCGACUGCGAUCGAAAGCGGCAAAGACAGCCGAGAGCUCAGGGUCGGAGUUGAGCUCGGUUUCAUCAAGUUCUCCCUCCAGCGAAAGUACAGCGAAAGGAAAAGAAUUAGCCUGCGCCCAUGCUCCUCCAAAUGCACUGGAAUACCUGCGCUGGUUCGAAGCCACAGCAGAGAAGAGUUACCUGACUGGCUCGCCACAGAUCGACCACCUAGUCAGUCUGACGCGGUUGAACGUACACAGAGCCAUAGAGACCAACAUCCGGGCCAUAGGCAUGACUGCAGACUGGACGUGCUGUGACGAUACAAUUUCCAUCUUCAAUUUAUAUUCCCCGGUAACUCCCACCUUUAAUCUGGAAACAAUCCCAGUCAGUCUGCGUCCUACAGACAUCCAGCGGAGUAUCCCGCACCACCCAUGGCUGGAUUUCUUCCCUUUUCCGCAGAUGCGUGACAUUCUGAUUGCAGCGGAGCAUCUGUUUGAUGAUGAUGAGCUGUGUCAUGAUCUGAUGGCGUUUUGGGAUACGCGCAAUACACAGGCUACAUUGGUUGUUUGGGGGGACUCGUGGGAGCCGCGGAAUUGGGAGGUUACGGAGGGCUUUCUCCGUAAAUGGGGGUGGUUACUCAGGGGGAGUCCAGGAUUGGUGGUUUCAACGAAUUAUUGGAGGAGGCGUCGGGGUGAGAGGCCUUUGGUGUGGAAAUUUGAUUAG